UUACGGAUUCCUGUGUAUCGAGAAGCCAUGGCAGCACCCAGAACAACUGGUACUAUCGUUAUUAGGGACGAAUAUGGCACAACGUUGGAACUUAUGUCGGACCUCGACCAAUCAGAAGCCGGAAAACUAUUAGAGCUUAAAAAGAAAGCGCUAUUUCUCAAGUUCCUAGAAGCACAUGCACUGCCGCUUCACCGAUCAGAGCGCCUAGGCUCUGAUUCCCAUGCUUGCAGAUAUCAGGCAUUGCAUUUACGGGUCGUCUACUUGAUUGAACCCAUGUUACCUGAGCAAACUGUGGACGCAUAUCUCUGGUCGCAUGCGGCAUCUCAAGCGGAUUUCUAG